UAUUAUGGCCAAGUUCUCGUUCCACCUGUAUUAUUUACUGGGUGUAUUUCUUUAAAUUGACUCACUUUUCUAAAAAAAGCACUUCAGUAGGUGCUACCUACAUUGGCGUCGCCCUGAGCAGUGUUUGCAAGAUCUUGUGUUUAAUGUACUCAUUGCGUUUUUUCCUAAGAAACUUUAAAAUAAGUACUUGGAUAUUAUAAAUCAAAUAAUUUAAUUGUGAACCCUACGCAACCAACUGGUGUAUCACACACCAUUCGUUGGAAGCACAGCACUGUAUUAAUUAUUACGUAAGUCAUGGGGAUCUAGUUUUAACUCCCAUAGGCCUGGGACUUGAUGACGAUAUUUCAACAAUGUUUCCUGAGUACCAGCUGUUUGCCAGGCAUUGUGCUAGGCACUUGUGAAGAAACUGGAAUUAAAAUGAAUAAGAAGGCUUUGGCCCUGAAGUUGCUUAACGUCUCAAGAGGAAAACAAUCUGUACCAAGAACUACAAAUAUAGAGAAUGAAUACCCCGUGUUUCCCCAUCACCCGAGAAGUCUGGGCAGAGACUGGACUACACCGUGGGAGAAUCUACAGAGGUGUUGCUGGAACAGACAUAUUUCUAGUUGUAUGAGGUGGCCUGGACAUUACUCUCGUGCUCCUUACCCAUACUUCAGUAGUAGGCAUUUUUCACUAAAUUGGAGACCACCUUGUUUGUUUGAGUCUAAAGCUCAGUUUCAGUACUAUAACUGGAGACCUGACAGCCUGAGCCAGACAUCUUUGAUUCAUCUCUCUAGUUACGUCAUGAACUCUGAGGGAGAUGAGCCUUCAUCAAAACGAAGAAAACACCAAGGCAUGAUACAACGAAAUUGGGAAUAUUUGUGUAACCAUAACAAAGAAAAAACGAAGAUCUUAGGAGACAAAAACAUUGAUCCCAAAUGUGAAGACAAUGAGGACAAGUUUGACUUUUCAGUGAUGUCCUAUAAUAUACUUUCACAAGAUUUAUUGGAAGAUAACUCACACCUCUAUAGACAUUGCCGGCGGCUGGUAUUACACUGGAGUUUUAGGUUUCCCAAUAUUCUGAAAGAAAUUAAACACUUUGAUGCAGAUGUACUUUGUUUGCAAGAAGUUCAAGAAGAUCAUUAUGGAACAGAGAUCAGGCCAAGUUUGGAAUCACUGGGUUAUCACUGUGAAUAUAAGAUGCGGACAGGAAAGAAACCUGAUGGCUGUGCUAUUUGCUUCAAACAUUCCAAAUUUUCGCUCUUAUCAGUGAACCCAGUGGAAUUCUACCGCCGUGACAUUCCUCUGUUGGACAGAGACAAUGUUGGAUUAGUAUUACUCUUGCAGCCAAAGAUCCCAUGUGCUGCCUCUCCUGCGAUCUGUGUGGCUAAUACACAUUUAUUGUAUAAUCCAAGGCGAGGUGAUAUAAAGUUAACCCAAUUGGCAAUGCUACUGGCAGAGAUCUCUAGUGUUGCCCAUCAGAAAGAUGGCAGCUGCUGUCCUAUUGUUAUAUGUGGUGACUUUAAUUCUGUUCCUGGUUCUCCACUCUAUAGUUUCAUAAAGGAAGGAAAAUUGAAUUAUGAAGGACUUGCCAUAGGAAAGGUAUCUGGCCAGGAACAGUCUUCACGGGGACAAAGAAUUUUAUCUAUUCCAAUUUGGCCCCCAAACCUAGGUAUCUCACAGAACUGUGUGUAUGAGGUACAGCAGGUACCAAAAGUAGAAAAGACAGACAGUGAUCUGACACAAACAGAGCUGAAGAAAACAGAGGUCGUAGUGACAGCUGAAAAAGUAUCUUCAAAUUUGCAGCACCAUUUCAGCUUGUCAUCUGUUUAUUCACAUUACUUUCCUGACACUGGAAUUCCAGAAGUGACCACUUGUCAUUCCCGGAGUGCCAUAACUGUGGAUUAUAUUUUCUACUCUGCAGAAAAGGAAGAUAUUGCUAGGCUUCCAGGAGCUGAAGUUGCUUUGGUUGGUGGCUUGAAGCUUCUAGCUAGACUGUCACUUCUUACAGAACAAGAUUUAUGGACUGUUAAUGGACUUCCAAAUGAAAAUAACUCUUCAGAUCAUCUGCCUUUAUUGGCUAAGUUCAGACUUGAGCUCUGACUCUUCUUUGACUGCAUACAAAAUUUUCUUUCUAAUUUGUAUUGUUUUUCAAAGAAUGUAAAAUUCUUAAGUGUUUGCAUGUUGUUUAUUUUUACGCUGUGGAAUUUCUGAAGAGGUUAUGUUAGAUGCUUUGAAACAUAUCAGAAGAAACGAGUUUAUAAAAAUUUUCUUUCUUAAUAAUGAAAGAUAUUUUCCUGACAAGUGAGAUCUAAAUACUCUUUAUUAUAAAAGAGGUGUAAAGAUUUUGUAUUCAAAGUCCUAGUAAAAUUGACAGUGAUUUUUAAAU